UUAACACCGGUUUGAUGCAUAUAGACCGAAAACAAGGCCUACAUGACCGAGUAUAUGUUGUAUGUAGUUUAGGACUGGUUAAUAAUGAUGUAUAUGGAUAUUAGUAUAUCUGUAAUGAAGCUAUUUAACCUACUUGAAGAAACCAAAAGUCUGUAAUCAAGUCAAUUGACUAACUAAUCAGCCUGGCGAGUGGUAGCAUAUCACGCCGCCAUAUUCCUAUCUUCAAACUCAUGCUCGAAAAUGUCUGUAGAUGUCGUUAGGUUCCCUUGUUUGUUGUUACGGUUUACGUUACUAACUAUCAGUAUCACUAGUGCUACAAUUUUCUAUUCCAUUUCCACUCCAGUACAUCCCUAAUCACUUGAGCUUGUCUUGCGUAUCUGUUGUUCCUAGAAGUAAUAUAUUGUGUGUCAAAGGUUUUCUGACCAUACUUACAAUUAAUAUUUUUAUAUCUACUGACAUAAAAACUCAAUGAUAUCUCAUUCAACUGUUCCAGGAAAUGACCCUUUUUACCGGCAAGGGGUUGAAGACACGGGCAUUAAUCCCUAUGUUUUCCGUGAGUUCGCCUUUCAAUCCUUCAUGAAAGAAAUGAGCAAACCCGAGAACAUGAUGAACGCCUUAUCGUGGAGACGACUUCACUUAAGUAGAGCAAAACUGAAAGCAUCCAGUAGAACCUCUGCAUUAUUGUCAGGUUUUGCCAUGGUGGCAAUGGUAGAAGUCCAGAUGAGCCACGACAUUCCAAAAGGGUUACUAAUUGCUUUUAGUGUCUGCACUACACUUCUAGUGUCUGUUCACAUGCUAGCUCUGAUGAUCUCCACAUGUAUUCUACCUAACCUAGAGUCAGUUGCCAGUGUACACGGGGUUGCAACUGUAUCAGAGUCUCCUCAUGAAAAAUUGCACAUCUACAUUGAAAUUGCAUGGGGAUUUUCCACAGUGCUUGGGAUUCUUUUGUUUAUGGCUGAGAUAGCCAUUCUGUGUUGGGUAAAGUUUUACAGUUAUAGUAAGAAUGCUGCUGUGGCUGCAACAGUCAUACUAAUUCCUGUAGUGCUCGUCUUUCUGGGAUUUGCAGUGCACUUCUACCGCAAACUGGUAGCUCAUCAGUAUGAGCGCUCGGCACAUGGGCUAAGAGAACUGGAAUCUAUGGUAACUCAACUACAAAAUGAAGAGACAGACAUGUCGAACUCAAGAAAUGUUAUGACAGUGUAACAGAUAUUCCAAAACUUCUAAAUCAACCAGAAUAUUAAAAUAUGUUGAACAUAAGAUUUACUCAAAAAUGUUUAAAAAAUUACAUUGUAACAUUUUCAUGUCCUCAGUGUCAAAGAGACUUUGAAGUAUUUUGCUGUAUUGGUGUAUAUAUAUAUAU